CAGACACGAGUUGCCAGAAGUGCGUCUCGGCAGCGUGGCGAGAGCCACUGUGCGCGGCGGUAGGAGGAAGUGGGAGGAUGCUUUGGUAUCCAGGUAUCCUCUGGGGUCCCAGGCAGCUUCCUUCCACCCCUCGUUACACCCGGACUAGGGUGUCUGUCCGCCGGGGUCGCAGCUCGGAUGGUGACAGAGGCAGCAGGGAGUUGGGACUGAAUCAGGAUUCGAACGUGGGUCUGUCCUCUGGACAGACCUGGGAAGGAGCUUCUUGGAAAAACUGAGGCUGUUCAGCCCGUGGGGCUCAGUCAGCGGAAACGCUGGUUCAGAAACAAAUAUUUGCUGCUGGAGGCUGGUGUGUAUGUCGGGUGUCAGGGGGGAAAAUCAUGGUGUUUCCACCCAGAGCAAAGUGGAAUCUCAGUUUCCCCUUCUGAAAAGCAGAGACACUAAAAGAGGACUGUGGGCUCUACUAGACCUGCGUUCAAAUUCCAACUCAGCCACUGCCAGGCUGUGUGAUCUCAGACAGUUCCUUAACUUCUCUGUGCUUGGUUGUCUCAUCAGUGCUUGGUUGGGGGGAGUGGAACACCAGAGGGGAGCACAGGCAAAGACUGGGUGGUGGGACCAGCUGCCGAAGGACCUUGAAUGCCUAGACUCUUCUCCCAGAUCCUGGGGAGCCACAGAAGGCUCAUGGACACCUUGGGGGUCAGGUUCAGCAAACUGGCCUCAGGCCCCUCUUUUCUGACAUAAUUAUCACUCUCUGUUGUACUACGAAGUUGCAUUGAAAAACUAAACAGCUUCUCAGAGUCCUGGGCCUUCUCGAGGGAGAGCUGAGCAAAUAGUUGUUGCUCAGUAGAUGUUCAGGAAGUGAACAGUUGAUGCCCUGUUCCCCUUUGAGACCUCAAACUUGGCUGUUUUCAAGAAGGCCCUGCCUGAGAACAAGAGAGAGAUGGCCAAGUGUUUUUCCCAAAUGCCUUUGGAAGUGGAAAGUGAUGCAGCAGGGUGCAGCAUGGGGGUGAGGAACCAGGUGAAGGGCUGGAAGAGGAUAUGGGCUGUUGGGCGUGUGUUGUCUGUGUGUGUUGGGGGUGUUGACAGGAAGUUUUGCAGGAAUCUGUGGGUUUCGCUUUUGCUUCUGCACCUCAGACUAGAGGGCCAUCUCUGUGGCUGUUGACAUCUGUGGCCUCAGUUUCCCAGGCUAGGAAAUGGGUGCAGCUGGUCUCUUCCUCCUCCGGGCUCAUUGGUAUUGGCAAAUGUAGAUGAUUUAAUUUGCCAGAGAGGCAUUGCCUGCUCUUCCAUCGGGCACCAGGCCCUGUGAGCAUGGUCGGGAGAAAGAUGACAGCAUAUAUACCCGCCAUAAUUUACCCAGUCCCAGGCCCAAGGCUGAGCACUGCAUAUGGGUUUUGUCAAAUCUUCCGAGUGCUUUGCAGUGUACAGAUGGGGAAACCGAGGCUCAGAGAGGGCAGCUACACAUGGAGCCGUGGAAAGGCUGAACCCCUCCUCCUGCACGUCUUGUCUCCUGAGUUGGUUACUGAUCCGUUCUCCCCUUGGCCUGCGAUGUGCCUUCUGCCUGGGACACCAGUCCUGGCCCUGUGAGGCCUCAAGCUGCCGCAGUGGGAACCGCAAGAGCCUGGUGGUAGGAACACCCUCACCGACCCUUUCCCGGCCACUGUCGCCACUGUCAGUCCCAACGGCAGGCAGCAGCCCCCUGGAUAGUCCUCGGAACUUCUCAGCUGUAUCUGCUGUCAACUUCCCUUUCGCCCGGAGCCACAUCCCGCGUACAGACAGGGCUGAUGGCAGAAGAUGGUCCCUUGCAUCCCUCCCGUCUUCUGGCUAUGGAACCAACACGCCCAGCUCCACUGUCUCGUCGAGCUCAUCCUCCCGGGAGCGCCUCCACCAGCUUCCUUUCCAACCGACACCGGACGAACUCUGCUUCCUGUCCAAGCAUUUCCGCAGCUCAGACAGCAUGGCUGAUGAGGAGGGUGGCCACCGCUCACCGCGCCUUCGCCCCCGCUCCCGCAGCCUCAGCCCUGGACGCACAACAGGGACCUUCGACAAUGAGAUCGUCAUGAUGAAUCAUGUGUACCGGGAGAGAUUCCCCAAGGCCACAGCACAGAUGGAGGGCCGUCUACAGGAGUUCUUGGCCACCUUCUCGCCCGGCGCCCGGCUGGCACUGGCCGAUGGCGUCCUGGGCUUCAUACACCACCAAAUCAUCGAGCUGGCCCGUGACUGCCUGGCCAAGUCUGGAGAGGCGCUUGUCACCUCCCGCUACUUCCUGGAGAUGCAGGAGAAGCUGGAGAGGCUGCUGCAGGAUGCCCAUGAGCGCUCAGACAGUGAGGAAGUUGGCUUCAUUGUCCAGCUCGUCAGGAAGCUGCUGAUCAUCAUCUCGCGGCCAGCGAGGCUCCUCGAGUGCCUGGAGUUUGACCCUGAGGAGUUUUACCACCUGCUGGAGGCUGCUGAGGGCCAGGCCCGCGAGGGCCAGGGCAUCAAGACGGACCUGCCACAGUACAUCAUUGAGCAGCUGGGCCUGACAAAGGACCCUCUCCAGGAGCCACCACACCAUCCGUCCUCUGUCUGCAGCCCUGUCCUCGGCCACCUGCAGGGUACAUUGUGGGGACAGUACCCAGGAUGUCGGGAGAUGGUGCCUCUGAGUCACCUCGAUGACAGUGGAGGACAGCCUCCAGCACCAGAGUCCCCAGAGAGUCGUGCCCUGGUCGGCCCUUCACGGAGGAAGCCAUGUGAGAGCGACUUUGAGACUAUCAAGCUCAUUAGCAAUGGGGCCUAUGGCGCUGUCUACCUGGUGCGGCACCGGGACACAAGGCAGCGCUUCGCCAUUAAGAAGAUCAACAAGCAGAACCUGAUCCUGCGCAACCAGAUCCAGCAGGUCUUCGUGGAGCGUGACAUCCUCACCUUUGCCGAGAAUCCUUUUGUGGUCAGCAUGUUCUGCUCAUUCGAGACCCGGCGCCACCUGUGCAUGGUCAUGGAGUAUGUGGAAGGCGGCGACUGUGCCACGCUCCUCAAAAACAUGGGCCCGCUGCCUGUGGAUAUGGCCCGCAUGUACUUCGCUGAGACAGUGCUGGCACUCGAGUAUCUGCACAACUAUGGCAUUGUGCACCGGGACCUCAAGCCUGACAACCUGCUCAUCACCUCGCUCGGCCACAUCAAGCUGACUGACUUCGGCCUGUCCAAGAUCGGGCUCAUGAGCAUGGCCACCAACCUCUACGAGGGCCACAUCGAGAAGGACACUCGGGAGUUUGUGGACAAGCAGGUAUGUGGGACGCCUGAAUACAUCGCCCCUGAGGUGAUCUUCCGCCAGGGCUACGGGAAGCCAGUGGACUGGUGGGCCAUGGGCGUCGUCCUCUAUGAAUUCCUGGUGGGCUGUGUGCCAUUCUUCGGAGAUACCCCUGAGGAACUCUUUGGCCAGGUGGUCAGUGAUGAGAUCAUGUGGCCUGAGGGGGAUGAAGCCCUUCCAGCUGAUGCCCAGGACCUUAUCACCAGGCUGCUCCGACAGAGCCCACUGGACCGUCUAGGCACUGGUGGCACCCACGAAGUGAAGCAGCACCCCUUCUUCCGGACACUGGACUGGGCAGGGCUUCUGCGACACAAGGCUGAGUUCGUGCCACAGCUUGAGGCUGAGGAUGACACCAGUUACUUUGACACACGCUCGGAACGUUACCACCACCUGGGCUCAGAGGAUGAUGAGACCAAUGAUGAGGAGUCAUCCACGGAGAUACCCCAGUUCUCGUCCUGUUCCCAUCGGUUCAGCAAGGUCUACAGCAGCUCUGAGUUCCUGGCCGCCCAGCCCACUCCAGCCUUCGCUGAACGGAGCUUCAGUGAGGACCGGGAGGAAGGGUGGGAGCGCAGCAGCGAGGGGGAGUAUGGGCGCCGGCUGAGCACCGAGGUCCGGCUAAGGUCGUGGACGUCCUCUGGUUCCUCCUGCCACUCAUCCUCUUCCCAGCCUGAACGAGGCCCUAGCCCAUCUCUCCUGGGCACCAUCAGCCUGGACACGAUGCCCAAGUUUGCCUUCUCAUCAGAGGACGAGGGAGCUGGCCCAACUGCUGUGGGCCCCAAAAGGCCCGUCUUCAUUCUAGGGGAGCCUGACCCACCCCCAGCAGCCACCCCAGUGGCGCCAAAGCCCUCAAGCCUUUCUGCUGACACAGCUGCCCUCAGCCACGCGCGACUACGAAGUAACAGCACUGGUGCACGACACUCCACGCCGCGGGCCCUGGAUGCCGGCCGGGGCCGACGCCCGGGGGGCCCAAGAGACUCAGCCCCUGAGAAAUCCAGGGCCUCCCCCAGUGGGGGCCGCGUGCCCAAGUCAGCCUCGGUGUCCGCACUGUCACUCAUCAUCACGGCCGAUGACGGCAGCGGCGGCCCCCUCAUGAGCCCCCUGUCCCCACGCUCACUGUCCUCGAACCCAUCGUCCCGAGACUCCUCUCCAAGCCGAGACCCUUCCCCUGUGUGUGGCAGCCUGCGGCCCCCCAUUGUCAUCCACAGCUCAGGCAAGAAGUACGGCUUCAGCCUGCGGGCAAUCCGUGUCUACAUGGGUGACAGUGACGUCUACACCGUGCACCAUGUCGUGUGGAGUGUGGAGGAGGGAAGCCCCGCCCAGGAAGCGGGCCUGCGAGCUGGGGACCUCAUCACCCACAUCAACGGGGAGUCGGUCCUGGGGCUGGUGCACAUGGAUGUUGUGGAGCUGCUGCUGAAGAGUGGCAACAAGAUCACCCUUCGGACCACAGCCCUGGAGAACACCUCCAUCAAGGUGGGCCCUGCACGGAAGAAUGUGACCAAAGGCCGCAUGGCGCGCAGGAGCAAGCGGAGCCGAAGGCGGGAGACGCAGGACCGGCGGAAGUCCCUCUUCAAAAAGAUCUCAAAACAGUCGUCUGUGCUACACACCAGCCGCAGCUUCUCCUCCGGCCUCCACCACUCCCUAUCGUCUAGCGAGAGCCUCCCGGGCUCACCCACCCACAGCCUCUCUCCCAGCCCCACCACACCCUGCCGCAGUCCAGCUCCUGAUGCCCCAGCAGACACGGCGUCCCCACCCAGUGCAUCCCCAAGCUCCAGCAGCCCUGCAUCUCCAGCUGCCGCUGGCCACACCCGCCCCAGCUCCCUGCAUGGCUUGGCCGCCAAGCUUGGACCACCUCGCCCCAAAACUGGUCGCCGCAAGUCCACCAGCAGCAUCCCGCCCUCCCCACUGGCCUGCCCGCCUGUGCCUGCACCCCCACCCCGCUCACCUUCACCUCUGCCAGGGCACCCACCUGCACCUGCCCGGUCCCCGAGGUUGCGCCGGGGCCAGUCGGCUGACAAGCUGGGUACAAGUGAGAGGCUGGACGGGGAGCUGGGGCGCCGUAGCCGUGGGCCGGACUCCGAGCUGGUGGUCAUGCGGCGGCUGCAUCUAUCUGAGCGCCGAGACUCCUUCAAGAAGCAGGAGGCCGUGCAGGAGGUGAGCUUUGACGAGCCACCUGAGGAGGCCACUGGGCCACCCCCUUUGGUGCCUCAGAUCGCUGUGGAGGGUGCUGAGGCCAUGCCAGGAGCCCUUGGACCCGCUGGGAAAGACUAACCCCUCCUAUGUGGCCUCUCCCUGGCCUGGAAGUCAAGCAUUUUUGCAGAAUGUUUUUUCCAUAAAUUGACACCUGGAUAGAGACUGAGCCAACAGCCUAUGACACCUGGAAGAUGAGAAGCCAUGGAGGUUCUUACCAGGUGUAGACAGUGCCUCCCUCGUGUUCUGGAGUCGAUCAGUCAGGGAGCCAUAGGGGCAGGAGUGGGAGACUAGGGUGGCAUUGUAAAUAGCAGCAAAUCCCUGCAACUAAUUUAUUACUUUUUAUAAGCGAUAGCCAGAGUGAGCUGCCACUGUUGAGGCGGCUGCCCAGGCCCUGCCCCAUGUACCUGGGACCCAUUUGCAGACCCUGCCCCCUGGGCUGAGAAGGAAGCACUUUGAAAAAUCACGUGUGUUCAUGUUUUCUGGUUUUUCUGUACUUUUAAAGUCUUUUUGUGUUACUUGAUCCCAUCCCUGACUCCAGACCCACUGAUUCAAAGGGACACAGCCAAGCUUACCUGUCCAGGCCCAGUUUGGAUUGGAGGGUCCAUAAACAAUACCCUCCACCACAAAACGAAGUAAUCCUGAUGAUGGACUGCAUUCUGAAGGCUACUUUCCACAUCAUAGCCUCUAUGUAGGCCAGCCUUGCUAGUGUCUGCCUCCAGUCCUAUAGGCUUGGGGUGUGUGGGAACUGGGGCUUUGAUGUAUGAAUAGAAGUUCACCAGAUCUAGACAGAGGGGUUGCCCUCUUCACAGGCAGACAUUGAUGCCCUGGAGGCAGAGGCCUCAAAGGUGCCGCCAGGGUAAAUUGCCACCCUGGACAAGAUUUUUUGUGUGUUUGAUACACACCCGGGUGAGCCCUUACCCAUGAUGUGUCUAAAAAUACCCCCUGGGGAUUCCCUCCAUGUGCCAGAGCCUUGCUAGGAUGAAAUUCGAGUGAGAAAAAUCCAACUAGGGGGCCAAGUUUGAACCUUGGCUUCACUGUUUGGCUCUGGGAACAUGGCUUCCCUACUCUGUGCCUCAGUUUCCUUGUGUUUACAAAACUAAUACCAGUAACUAUUUAUUAAGCACCUGUAUGCCAAGUGCUUUUACUUGUGGCUUCUCCCUCAGCCAGCUUUGAAAAGGCUAGAGGUGGUGUUGUCAUCCCCAUUUUACAGACAAAUAACUAAGGCCUAGCAAAGGGUGGAGACUUGUCCUGUGAUUGCCUGGUAAAAGUCACACAGCCAGGCCCUGUCCUGGGCAUUGUUAUCAAGGGAGCUUGAAUGGAGAAUCUGAUGUCAGAUACAGCAGACUCCAGCUCUAGCUCUCUCCCCUGUAACGCUGUGUGACCCACUGGGCAUCUGUGAGCCUCCAUUUCCCAUUUGGAGGUGGCAAGCAAGAUCAGCAUGCCCCACAUGGUGAGGGCACUUUCCAGGCACUGCAGACCGCUCUGCAUUCCUUCUGAAGACACCUGCCCAGCACUGCCUGGUGUUGGAGCUAGACCAAGGCUGUGCAUGACUUGCUCCCACCUCCUAUCCUGGAGCUGACAGUGAAUAAAAGCUCACAUUUACAAAGAAGAGUUCCAAUGUCUGGAUUUGUGAGGGGCCAAGAAAAGGGGAAGGGAUCAGUGAGUGAGGUGCGGGCAGGAUGAAAACAGACCCUUGGCUCAAAGUCACCUGAGAUGGGAUUUGAAGGCUGCUGGAAGUACACUACUGAGAUUUUUCCUGGUGCCUUCUCCGAUCCUGGCUUCCACCUGCCCUCUCUGGGAGUACCCAUCACAGGCUAAAAGCUUCAUCUAGACACCAAUCUGGGGCCCUGAAGCUGUGUUAAUAAAUAAAUAAGCCAUCUUUCUGACCUUUUAAA